CUGGAAGAAUGGUCUAUGACCGAGUUGUCGUUCGAGUCCCUGUCGUUAGAUGGCCCUGCAUGCCCUAAUUCCUGUACGGGAAACCCCUCCCGAAGUGGACCCGUCCAGACCACCCCCGCCCGCGAGUGGACCUGUCCGGUGGCGCCGUGUGUUCUAAACGCGGUUCCCAGUUUUCGUGCCGACUUCUGCGGAUUUUCUGCGGCCAAACUUGCAGGAUUUCCCGGGAUUUUCCGUGCCCGUGUCGGCCGGGAAAGCAUGCGUGCAGUAGCAGUGCUGUUUAUCUCGCUGGCUGUGACUUGGGCAGUGAGUGCAGCCCAGGUCCCAUGCCGCUGUGGGAAGAACCAGUUUGCCUGUGAGCCCACACCCUGGGGUGAGUGCACAUGUAUCCCCUCCCAGUGGCAGUGUGACGGGGACAACGACUGUGGAGACUCCAGCGAUGAAGACGGUUGCACCCUGCCCACCUGUUCAGAUGCAGACUUUACCUGCAGUAACGGCAAGUGUAUCCGCCACUCCUGGCUGUGUGACCAAGACAACGACUGCGGAGAUGACUCAGAUGAGAUCGCCUGUCCUCCCAGAAACUGCACAGAUGAUGAGUUUGCCUGUGCCAACGGCCAGUGCAUCAGGAACAGGUGGAGAUGUGACGGUGACGAUGACUGUGGGGACAACAGCGACGAAAACUGCCCCUCGAGAACGUGUACGGCAGCAGAGUUCACCUGUGGAGACAACAGCUGUAUCACCUCCCUCUGGAGAUGUGACAAGGACAGGGACUGUACUGACGGCUCGGACGAGGAGGAUUGUCCUACCAUGCCGGCAACCUGUGCCCCAGAUGAGUACCGCUGUGACUACGGCCGCUGUAUCCUAGAGGUGUACGCGUGUGACGGUGACAAUGACUGUGGGGACUGGAGCGACGAGAUAGCUUGUGCUACCAGAAAGCCCUGCAGGUCGGGAGAGUUCCAGUGUGGCACUGGGAUCUGUAUCAACGCUGCCUGGCAGUGUGACGGAGACUUUGACUGUGAUGAUCAGUCUGACGAGAAAAACUGCCCGACCCCCAGCUGUGCCAGUAACCAGUUCCGCUGCCAGAGCGGGCGGUGUAUCAGGUUGUCAUGGCGAUGUGACGGGGAGGACGACUGUUUUGACAACAGUGAUGAGGUGGACUGUGCCCCCCAGGUGUGUGCCCCUGACCAGUUCAGGUGUAACAACACCCGGUGUAUCGGCUCCCACAAGCUGUGCAAUGGUGUGGACAACUGUGGAGACAACAGUGACGAGGCACCAGAACUGCAGUGCAACAUUGAGGUCCCCGGGUCCUGUCAGGAUGGUAACGGUGGCUGUGAACACAAGUGCAGCAUGAUGGGGAGUCGGAUCUGGUGCUCCUGCCACGAGGGGUACCGGCUCAUGCCGGAUGGAAGGACCUGUGCUGAUGUGGAUGAGUGCCAGCUGGAGGGGACCUGUAGUCAGAUGUGUCACAACACCAUCGGCAGCUUUCAGUGCUCCUGUGUGAAAGGCUACGAGCUCAAGCCUGACAAGAAGGGCUGCAAGGCUCUGGGUCCAGAAGCUUGGUUAUUGUUUGCCAAUCGUAUCGACAUUCGGCGGAUGCACCCAGACAGAUCAGACUACGACCCGAUCCUGAGUAACCUGCAGAACGCCAUCGCGCUAGACUUCCACUCAGAACUGAACUGGGUCUACUGGUCAGACGUUACACUGGACAGGAUCAUGCGGGCAUAUCUAAACGGCUCGGGGAUGGCCGAGGUGGUCAGUACGGGGUUGGAGAGUCCAGGCUCUGCAAAGUCCAGUGUAGUGGUCAGCAUGAAUAGUUCACUCCCUACAGCAGUGGUGUCAGCAGGGCUGGAGAGUGCAGGUGGCGUUGCUGUAGACUGGGUGGGGAACAAGUUGUACUGGACAGACUCAGGCACAGCCAGGAUUGAGGUCUCCCAUCUGGAUGGAUCCUACAGGAAAGUCGUCCUGUGGGAAAAUGUGGAAAAACCCAGAGCCAUUGCCGUCCAUCCAUUGGAAGGGAAACUUUUCUGGACAGACUGGGGCUCCACGCCAAAAAUCGAAUCAGCCGGGAUGGACGGGACGGUGCGGGGAGCGGUGGCUAAGACAAACCUGUUCUGGCCCAACGGCCUGACACUUGACUACGCCACCAACAAGCUGUACUGGGCCGAUGCCAAACACCAUGUCAUCGAGUGUGCCAACCUGGAUGGGUCGGAGAGGAAGGCAGUCAUCAGCCAGGGUCUACCCCACCCGUUUGCCAUCACACUGUUUGAGGAUAACCUGUACUGGACAGACUGGCACACCAAGAGUAUCAACAGCGCUAACAAGUUCACUGGGAAUGAGAUUGAGACACUCCGGGAGCGCCUGCACUUCCCCAUGGAUGUCCGCACUUUCCACCCCAUGAGACAGCCACCAGGUGUGGACAGAUGUGGUGAGAACAAUGGUGGCUGUAGUCAUCUGUGUCUGCAGAACCCCACCGGCUACUCCUGUCACUGUCCCACAGGCAUCAGGCUACAGAACGACAAGGAGUGUGCAACUGACAUUGAACAGUUCCUGCUGUUUGCCAGAAGGACAGACAUCCGUAGAAUCUCGUUCGACACGCGGGAGAAGGCAGACGUGGUUCUCCCUCUGGGCGAGCUGCGCAGCGCCGUGGCACUGGACUGGGACAGCGAGGAGGGGCACAUCUACUGGUCCGACGUCACGGCCGACACCAUCAACAGGGCUAAAUGGGACGGAUCAGAGAUCGAGGUUCUGGUCAACUCUAGCCUGGAAAGUCCGGCCGGCCUGGCUGUGGACUGGGUGACCAGGAAGCUGUACUGGACAGACGCUGGCUCAGAUCGUAUCGAGGUGUCCAACCUGGACGGAUCCACAAGAUCAGUACUGAUCUGGGAGAUGCUGGAUCGUCCCAGGGACAUCAUCGUGGAUCCCAUUGAAGGACACAUGUACUGGACAGACUGGGGCCUGAGCCCUAAGAUCGAGCGUGCUGGGAUGGAUGGUUCCGAGAGACAACCAAUCGUCACCAAGAACCUGACAUGGCCUAACGGCCUGGCGAUCGACUCGGAGUUGGGACGGCUGUUCUGGGUUGAUGCUGGGUUGAAAACUAUCGAGUUCUCAUCCCUGGAUGGGACAAACAGACAGGUCCUGAUUGGUACCCAGCUGCCUCACCCGUUUGGCCUGACCCUCCACGAGGACAAGGUGUACUGGACAGACUGGCAGUCCAAGAGUAUCCAGAGUGCCGACAAGAUCACAGGCCUGCGCAGACAGGUGCUGAGGGAAAACCUGGAGAACCUGAUGGACAUACACAUGUACCACAAGGACAGGCAGCCAGUGCCCAGUCCGUGCCAGGUAGGAAACGGAGGCUGUAGCCACCUGUGUCUGAUAGCGCCGCUGUCGUCAGGCCGAGGCUACAGCUGUGCCUGUCCAACAGGAGUCACCCUGCUAGGUGACGACAGAACCUGCCAACCAAGGAUGCACAACUUCCUGGUGUUUGCCAGAAGGACAGAUGUACGGGCCAUCUCUCUGGACGUGCCCUACUAUGCUGACGUCAUGCUGCCCAUCAGUGGGCUGAAGAAUGCCAUCGCCAUUGACGUGGAUGAGAAAAAUGGAAAGGUAUACUGGACAGACAGUGUAACAGACAAGAUCCAAAGAGCCAACUUUGAUGGCACGGAGGUGGAGAAUGUGGUAGAGAGUGGGCUGGACACUACAGAUGGUCUGGCCGUGGACUCUGUGGGCAGGAAGGUGUACUGGACAGAUACCGGUAAGGACCGGAUUGAGGUGGCUGAUCUGGAUGGCAGGAACCGGCUGGUACUGGUUUGGGAGGGACUGGACAGUCCCAGGGCUAUCGCACUCCACUAUGAUGCAGGCUACAUGUACUGGACAGACUGGGGCAGCACACCGCGGGUGGAGCGAGCCAACAUGGACGGCACUGACCGGCAGGUCCUGGUGUCCACCAACCUGGGCUGGCCCAACGGACUGACCAUCGACAAGGUUGCAGGCAGACUCAUCUGGGCUGAUGCCAGGACAGAGAAAAUCGAAAGCUCAGACCUGAAUGGGAAGAACAGAAAUGUGUUGGUGACCUCAGCCCCUCACCCCUAUGGGUUGACCCUGAUGGGUGCGUACAUCUACUGGACCGACUGGCAGACCCGCAGUAUCCAGCGAGCUCGCAAAGACACCGGGGAGGACCAGAUUACCAUCCGGGGGAACCUGCCAGGACUCAUGGACAUACAUGCCAUACAGGCUGACAACCUAGGUACCAACAGGUGUGGUCCCAACAAUGGAGGCUGUAGCCACCUGUGUCUACCCAAACCUAACGGCAUCACCUGUGCCUGUCCUACUGGUAUCACCCUGAAGGAGGAUGGAAGGACAUGUCAUGAUGCCCCGGAGACGAUGCUGCUGUUUGCUGCCAGAGGAAGCAUCAGGAGGAUCUCCCUGGACACAGGAGACCACACGGACGUCAUCCUCCCCUUACCUGACAUCCAGAAUGUCAUCGCACUGGACUUCGACAGUUACGAGGGGAAGCUGUACUACACUGAUGUGCAGCUGGAUAAAAUUAGGAGAGCUAAUCUGAAUGGAACUGGAAUGGAGGACAUUGUGUAUAGGGACUUGGUCACGGCAGAUGGAAUUGCAGUUGACUGGAUUGCCAGAAACCUGUACUGGACAGACACAGGUAGGAACACCAUUGAUGUGGCCAGACUGGACGGCUCCAGUCGUAAGACCCUCCUGAACAACAGCCUGGACGAGCCCAGGGCCAUCACUCUCUUCCCUAGGAAAGGGUACAUAUUCUGGACUGACUGGGGUGCUUACCCGAGAAUAGAGAGAGCGCAGCUUGACGGGACUGAGCGCCGUGUCAUCGUGGACACGGACCUGGGCUGGCCCAACGGGAUCACCAUCGACCCCAUCAACAAGAGGGUGUACUGGGUCGACGCUCACCUGGACAGGAUCGAGACGUCCGACUUCAACGGCAGGAACCGCGUACAGCUGGUGUCACAAGUGCCGCACCCGUUUUCACUAACAGUGUUUGACGGCUAUGUGUACUGGACAGACUGGCAGACUCGGUCUAUCAUGAGAGCAGACAAGGAGACUGGACAGAACAUGGAGACCAUCCAGGGGAACAUCGAGGGUCUCAUGGACAUACAGAUGGUCUCCAGUCUCAGACAGACAGGGACCAACCCUUGUGCAAUAGACAAUGGUGGGUGCAGCCACUUGUGUUUGGCCAGGACUCAGGGAUACGUGUGUGCCUGCCCCAACAUCCCAGACCACAGGGCCUGCUCUACUGUUCCAGGUGUUCCUGCCUUACCUCAUACCCAGGCUGCAGCUACAGUAACCAUGACCCCCCAGCCUGACGGAGGAGCACAGACACACGACAACAGAAUACCAGAGGGGACAGGGGAACCAACUGUGGAAUGUGAUAACAGAAUAGGAGGAGACUGCCAAGCUGAAAAGAUAGCAAGCAGAGCAGAAGACGGUGGGAUCCACCCAGCCUACAUAGUCCUGGCCAUUGUACUACUGCUGGUGAUUGUCGCCGUCUGCCUCUUGGCUGUCUUUUUAUGGAGAAGAAGGAAAAGGCGGCAGGCAGCCAGUGACAGCACCAUGACCUUCAGUAACCCCGUGGUGUACCGGGCAGGGAAUGAUGCCAUCGUCUCCAUAGAGAGAAGAGACAGAAGAUGGCUCUACAAUAAAAAGGAGGACCGAGUGACAAACCCCCUCCUGAACCCCCAGCCCAAGCUGAACAACCUGGCCGCAGCCGAGGCGGCGUCCAAACUCCUGGACAAGGAGGCGUACACCAAGGAGGACCCCUGGCAGAAGGGCAACCUGUACGUCGACCUUCCACCCAAGGACCUCCGGGACGACGACGUGACAGAAAAAAUGCUGGCCCACGAGGCGGAGGCAGACGAUGUCUGCUGUGGGUCCAUAGAGAGCGACGUAUGAGCUGUAGGGUCAGAGGUCGAUGUUUGAGACUAGUACCCUACAGCCAAGGUUGUAUAUGAUACAAUAGUACUUCCACGUAACAAGCAGGUACAGCCAGAUCCUUCCCACCUGUAAAUAGCGACUGUAAGUUGUCCUGUACAUUUUGAACUCGGGAGGGAGACGGCACCUUCUGUACUCCAGUAUGGCCUCUAAGAGGAUGAGACUACAGGAUGCUGGACGUUGUAAUAAGACUACUGAUUGUUUGAUGUACAGAAAUGAUGGAGUGUUUAUGGUACGUGCAAUUGGUAUUGUGCAGAGUAACAGGCCGUUCGUCGGGUUGGCGCUUGACAGAAAAACCGGCACGGGGGUGAAACGAUUCCCUUGAUUUAUUUCCAAGCUGUGCCUUUGAGAUGUCUGCCAUUACUUUGACAGAAUGAGCCACUAUCUGGCUAUGUACUUAACGUAUAGGCUCAUGGUAGAGCGCAGGGCCAUCUAUGGUUAUGUUGAACAGUAUUAUUAAAUCACAAACCAAACCAAAUACUAACUCACAACUUAAACGGCCUUAACAUGCACACAAUUAGAAUUAUGUAGUCAUUAAUUAAUCAAUUAGAACAAUGAAUUGUAAGGAAGGAAGCAAGAGGAUGUCAGAGUCUUAUAAAGGUUGACUGUCUUCCAUGAUUUGGAUGCAGUGAAGUCAACAUUCUUAGACAUAUGGCAGGAAUAAGGAAUUUGGCAAAUUAUUCCUAGGCAUACAGUGGCCCUGUCAGUCACAAGAUACAAGAGGAGGCAUGUGAUAGUUGCCAUGUGAAAACUGCAUUGUGAUACCCACAAACUGCAGUAUGAGGCCUAAACGUAUCAAAAGGUCAUUGCAGUAGUCAGUAACAAGGUGUAUGGCAAAACGGAAUCCUUGCAUAUUACACUUUCAAUAUAUUUAUUAUAGUACACACAACAUGGAGAUUGGUGUACUCAAAGAUGAGGAGCCUCAUUCAACAUAGAAGAGCCUGUGUUGAGGAAAUGUUCAUACUUUGUCAUUACUAACAUAUAUUUAUUUAUAUCAUGCACCACUUAAAAAGAAAUUCCUGUUGCAACACAUUACAUACUAAUUAUUUUUGUUGAUGUAACUCUGUCAGGUGUAUCACUAAUCCCCACUGUAACUAAAUGAUUGUAACCAGCAAGACUGACAACCAGCAGAGAUUGCUUUUUGAGUAGCUGGUCAUGAAAUGGUGAGAAUGUAUAGCUGAUGAAACUGUAAGCUAGUCAGUUGGCAGUUGGAGUAGUCCAAAGGGCAUCUGUACAUGUGUUUAGCCUGCACAGAUGUUUUCUAGCUUGGGAAACUGUUUACUUUGACAGAUUACUGAUAUUACUGAUAGUAACCUCAAAAUUGCAUGCCUGCAUCAGGAAACGUUUACUGUUGGUCACAAAUGUAUUUCAAAGUAUUUAUCUUCUUAAAUUGUAUAUGACUUUGAUUUAACUCCUACAGUAGGCUUGUCCCAUUUGAGUUGGCAAUGUUUAGGUUGGUUCUUUCUCUGGUAUCACACUGCCAUAUCGGAACAUUUUAGUUUACAGCCAGUUACAUUGUAUAUGAACAAAUACCUCUUGUUUGUUAGUAGUGCAACAAUGCAUGAAGACAAAAUGCUAGUUUGUUAAGCCAAGCUUAUAUCUUCUCAACAACAGUGUGCAUUGUGGUAAUGCUUAGAUGCUGUUAUUUCUUCAUGACAUGCAUGAUGUAUCUUUUGCAAGUCGUGACAUAUUGGACUUGGUAUUAUGCACAGUAGCAAAGCCGGACAGGUUUAUGAUAACUCAAUAUUUAGUUUUGUAGAGCAUGUCCCAACCUAUUGACACUGUUAGUUUGCCCUUAUAAGUUACAGUAAAGUCAGCAAUAGGCAGCAGGGAGACAGGUCAGUCAGUGUGUACUGAAAUUUGAUUUACUACAUUUACUUUGUGUACUGUAAGUUUCCUCAUAGACUUGUAAUGAACGUAUGUGUCCUUAAUGUACAGAUAUUAAUGAUUUAUUUUUCUAUAAUGAAUGUUGUAACAUGACUAAUACAUGUAACUGUGAGAGAAAUAGACACUGAGAAAAGCCUUUGAACCAGGGCCACUAAAUUGUGAAAUCAUUGUCAUCAUAAUACAAGUCAAGAAAUAUGACAGCAAAGACAAGUAAUGUCUAGAAGAAAUGAAAGUGCACUGUGCGGUAUCUUUUUUCAUAAUUAUUUUCAUGCCCUUAAUGUCUUCUAGCAUCCCCUUUCCUUCUGAAAGCUGUCGUUCAUUCUCAUAUUUGACUGUGUACUGAUGUAUUUGCCCAUGUGGCACUUGUAUUCUUGAGUCGAUGUAGUCAUACCGGUAGUGACAUUUUAUGUUUGUGCACUGGCCUUUAGAAAGUGUUGAAACCAAGGGUUUAGAAACUGCCUGAAUCUUGCAACAUUGGUUAGAUCACUGGAGAACCAGGGUUACUGCUGUCUCUCUUUAGAUUAGCAUUGCUAAGUAUAAUAUUUAUAUAUUACAGUUCAGACUGCAGAUACUGAAGUAUCCAUUAUUUGUACCUCACUGUUGAAUUGUUCAGUAUUGUUUGCAGUUCUAACAGACUUUUGUAUAUGAUUAACCAUGGACAGAAAAAUUUGAUGAUGUCAUUUCCUUGAUUUUGAAACUGCAUUGUUCAAUCUUUGUACUUUUUCCUUUGAAUAUUUUACAAUUGUACAAAGUCUGUAAAAAGUCAUGACUGGUGACUCCUAUGUAACAAUAGUGCAAGUAAUUAUUGACAAACUCCUUGGCAAGAAGAGAGAUUUUGCUCCAGAACACACUCUAUGCAAGUGUGCUUUUCUUGCAAGAUAUUACAUUUAUCAAAUUGUAGUUCAUUCAAUGCUAUUUAGUUUGCCCCAGUCAAACUUAUUGAUGUAUGUAAAUUGUAGUGUUUGUUACAUGACAUUAGUUCUUGUGAAACUUAAACUGGCAUAUAUUCAACGCUGUAUAAUUUUGUUUUGACCAAGAAUGUGCAAUAUUUGUAUCACUACUAAUUCAUGAUUU